AUGAAUUCCUCGACAAACACUUCGGCAAUUACUAACUAUUUUGAUUACUAUAUCGUUUGUUCAUUAUCAGCUACUUUUGGUCUGAUAUCUAUCAGCGUAUCUACGCUGAUUAUAGUUAUUGUCCAACGUACUAAACCUCGUUUACACACCAUACGACAUUUACUUAUGUGUAAUACAUGUAUUUCAUCAACGAUUUAUUGUAUUGUACAAUUUAUUAAUUAUAUCUUUUUAAUAUUUUUACCAUGGAUAAUAAGUGAUGUGGCAUGUCGGUGGCGUGGCUAUUUUGCUUAUGCAUCUGUAACCGCGGCAACCUACUCAUAUCUAGUUCAAGCGGUUUCACGCCUUUUCUUCUCAGUCUAUUCCGGAAGAUAUCCAUGGUUAACAACAUUCAAUGUACAUUAUCUCCUUAUACUGGCUCAUUGGUUGAUUAUCUUCAUCAUACCUUUACCUGCAUUGAUCACAACUGAUAUUUACUUUCGUCCUGGUCUGUUGUGUUGGGUGCCGUUCAAACACACACUACAUAUGGCUUACACAGUCAUUGCGUGUUAUGUUACACCCAUCAUUUCAAUUUUCAUUAUUUAUGUUGUAAUAUAUCGGAGAAUUCGUAAAGCAAAGAAAGCUGCAACAAUGAUACUCAAUGGUACACAUGACAAACGUGAUCUUGAAGUUCUUCGAAACAUUGUUAUUCUUCUAUGUGUUUACAUUGCUGGCGGAAUUCCAACAAUACUGUUUAUGAUCACGGAAAUAGAACUCUUUUAUCUUGCUAGUAUUGUCACAUUUACACUGACAGUUGCAAUUGAAAAGAUAUGCACAAUUUUAUUAGAUCGAGAUCUUCGACCAGUCGUGAAAGGUCUUCUAUUCAAAACAGAUCGCAUUAUGCCGUACGAAAAUACGUGUACACGAAUGAAAAUGGGCAAUGUUUAG